AACAGAUAGUGCUCAUUUCAUUUGUGUAGAGAAAACAAUAUUGAAGAAUGUGGUUUGGAAAUGUACUUCUCCGUUGAUAAAGAAAUUCUAGGUGAAAUUAAGAGUCAUGAUUUGAAACCCAAUGGUGGCAAUAUUCUUGUGACAGAAGAAAAUAAGGAGGAAUAUAUCAGAAUGGUAGCUGAGUGGAGAUUGUCUCGAGGUGUUGAAGAACAGACACAAGCUUUCUUUGAGGGCUUUAAUGAAAUUCUUCCCCAGCAAUACUUACAAUACUUCGAUGCAAAGGAAUUAGAGGUUCUUUUAUGUGGAAUGCAAGAGAUUGAUUUGAAUGACUGGCAAAGACAUGCUAUCUACCGUCAUUACACUAGGACAAGCAAACAAAUCAUGUGGUUUUGGCAGUUUAUUAAAGAAAUUGAUAAUGAGAAGAGAAUGAGACUUCUGCAGUUUGUCACUGGAACCUGCCGAUUGCCAGUAGGAGGGUUUGCUGACCUCAUGGGGAGUAAUGGACCACAGAAGUUCUGCAUUGAAAAAGUUGGGAAAGAAAAUUGGUUACCCAGAAGCCAUACCUGUUUUAACCGUCUGGACCUUCCACCUUAUAAGAGCUAUGAGCAACUGAAGGAAAAGCUGUUAUUUGCCAUUGAAGAAACAGAAGGAUUUGGACAAGAGUAAUUUCUGAGACCUUACACCACCAAAGGACAAGAACUUAUUGCAGUGUUUGUCCUUUUCCUUCUCUGUUUGUUGUACAUCUUAAUGUAAACUUGAACUACAACUAUUUAGAGAGUUAUCUGAGUGUAAGUAAAUUAAUGUUAUGAUUGAGAUUUCUCUCCCAGUGAUUCUGGAUUUCUGCUCAGCAUUUCCAGAAAUCAGAUCUACAAACUUACUUAACACGAGAUUUUUAACACAUCAAUGAAAUCUCCCUUGUCUUAUUCGACUAGAUUGUUCCCUUAACACCAAUUUUCUAUGUGUGUCAAAAGUCUCACCUCAGAAUGGAGUAGGUUUUAAGAGAUUCUGCAAAUACGCAGGAAGUCUCUUGGUAACUGCAAUAUCCAAGAUCUUCCUAUUAAGCCUCUUGUAAGAGGAGUUUAAUAAAAGUGCAAGCUUAGCCCAGCUUCCUGGGCACAUGAGCAAACUGCUGGUUUGUGUUCGCCCUCUUUUCAGCCUGGCCUGACUGUUGUUUCUCAUUCCUCGAGCAUGAAUCAGUGCAUCACUUUGAUGUUAUUCCUGGAAGUGAUGCAAGACUCUUGCAUCUUUCUACAAAGUAGUUGUGUCUAUUUGAAUUCAGGGAAAACUUGGUUCCAGCUGGCAAAUGACUUCAUAUCUCUCUUCAUUUGGAAGUUUAUUUUAAUUGCCUUGACAAUACUAAACUUUAUAAACAAUAUCAACACUGUGGUUCCUUCACUGUUUUUAAAAGUUAACCUAGAAUUAAAAUUAAUUUAACUGAAUUCAUCUAAAGUCAUUCUUGAUUUUUAAAUGAUCCUACACAUAGAGUCUUUAUGAUUUUAUCAUAAUCCAACAACUUCAGUUGCAUUUCAUUAUUGCUAAAGAAGUCAAGUUGUCAUUAUUUUCUAAUCCAGAUAGAGGUCAGUGGUACAAUCUCUGAAAUCAUGUUUUCAUUUGGGAGAGCAAAAAGAUGCCAUCCAGUAACCAUACACAUGCAUUCUCUUCGCCCUUACUUUGAUACGUACUGAGGUAGUCCUUGCUGUUUCUAUUGUCCUGAACUAAGUUGAUAUUUCUCAUCUGCAAUAUUCUUCUCACCCCUAAAAAUUUUAGGUUUUCCUUUUUUCUCCACAAUUCCUCUAGUAACUGAUGAAUGCACUUUGACCUUCUCUGUAGUUAACUACUCUAACUUGGCCUAGCUUAGACUGUCAGGAUGGCUGCUGCCAUGGAUUUGACUUCAUGGGAGUAGAUGAAGCCUCAGCCAGUUGAGCCCCUGUUACAGCCAAAUCCCAAAACAGCCUUAUAACUCACAUGAUAGGGACUUUGGCAUGUUACCAUAGCAUAGCAUGAACAAGUAGCAUGAAGCCAAGAAUAUGCAGAGAUCCAUAGGAAAGAAAAUGUUUUCAUGUCCCUAGCUGCUCUUCCUAUUUACAACCUGGAACAACAGAAACAUUUUUAACUUGUGCAGCUGUACUCUGUAACACUGCCAUCAUAAGCAGAGACUUAUGUGUGUGAAAGCGUUGCCUCCUCUAGAAGUUGUCAGUGUCAAGGGAGAGAUUAGGUUCUCCCCAACUCUGUUUUUUAUCCCAUAUACCACAGAAAACAUGUCAUCUCUAGAAGCCCUAGUUGUUUCCAAAGUAGGGACUCUCUGCCUUUUUGUU